UUUGUUUCGGCUUUCGCUCUUCGGAUUGUUACAUUCUCAAUUUUUAUUAUUCUUUCAAGAAAAGUGUUUCUAAUACGGAGUUAACUAUUUAAAACUGUUACAUUUCUUAACAUGUUAUACCAGUGGUUCUUAAACAAUUGUAGGUUAUAACUAUCGUAAUAAUUUCGCAUACCCUUAUGUGAAAAUAAAAGUAACUUUUAAAGUUUUUCAUAGUGAAAGUAAAAAACAGUGUUUGUGUCUACUCUUUUUGUUGGACUUCUCGAACAGGAACAGAGAUGGGCCUUAUAAUAUCAAGAUUCCGACGCAAGAAGACGACGAAGGAGAUACUCGAAGAGCUCGAGACCAGGAUAAAGAGCAUAGAGAGAGACGGCGAAUACAAGGAGCAGACGCACAAGCGCGUGAUCGGUAUGAUAAUGGUCAACUCGGUGGGGCUAUACGUGCUGUUCGCGCUGCUUUACUACUUCAUGUAUGUGGGCAAGAGCCAAUACUGGGUGCACUCGGUGAUGUACGCGUCGCCGCUGCUGGUGCUGCCCGUGUUAGUUAUAUUCCUGAGGUCGGCCAUAUCGUCUUAUUACACUUGGAGUCUGAACAAGAACAGAGUUAAGCUGACCAAGAUGAGAGACGAGAAGAAGAAGAUUCUGGAGGAGGUGAUGAACACGGAGACUUAUAAGGUCGCGAAGGAAAUAUUAGACAAGUACGGCGCACCGGAGGAGCAAUCGAAAGCGUUGAAACCUUUCACUCCCACUGUAGCCGUCGCUCAGAGUACACCGCAGGCUACCCCCAUCCAGCUAAGGCAGAGGCAGUUCGCCCUGCAGACAUCGACUCCAAACAAAAACAUGAACCUCGUGCCCGCAACGCCGGGGGUUGUUUUCAAUGGACCAAGGUUGAGGUCGGAUCAGUUACCACGCCCUCUACCGGACAGCAAUAGAUCUGCGUUGGACAAAGUUGUGGAUUAUUUAUUGAAAGAUGGCCCCAAUUAUCGGAUGGCGCUCAUAUGUACUGAAUGCUUCUCGCAUAAUGGCAUGGCGAUG